AUGGCGUGCGUCUUCCCCGCGAACCAGGUGAUCGUGGUCGGUGGAGGCCUUGCUGGCAUGUCUGCCGCGAACACGGUGAUCGAGUUGGGUGGCCGAAGUUUGCUGCUGGACAAGUCCUCCUUCUGCGGCGGCAACAGCACGAAGGCCACUAGUGGCAUCAACGGUGCUGGCACGAAGACGCAGAAGGGCAAGUCCAUCCCGGACAACGAAAUCUUCAUCGCGGACACCCUGAAGGGUGGCGCCAAGAAGCCGGAGCUCGCCAAGGUCUUGUGUGCCAACAGCGCCGCGGAUGUGGAUUGGCUCGUGGACAAGUUUGACUUGGAUUUGUCCCUGGUCGCCCGACUCGGCGGCCACUCUCAGCCCAGGACGCACCGCGGGAAGGAGCGAUUCCCUGGUAUGACUAUCACCUAUGCACUGAUCCAAAUGCUGGAGAAAGUGGCGGAGAAGACCAACCGCGCCCGCAUUAUCACAAAGGCUGAGGUCUACAAGCUGCUCCAGAAUGGCUCGGCCGUCGUAGGUUGUGAGUACAAGAAGGCCGGCAAGGUCGUCAAAGAGUUCGGGCCCAUGAUCCUCGCAUCCGGCGGCUUCGGCGCGGACUUUGGCGCAGAUUCGCUGCUGGCCACCUACCGGCCGGAUCUCCUUCAUCUUCCGACCACCAAUGGCGAGCACUGCACCGGUGAUGCCAUCAAGAUGGGCGAGGCCAUCGGCGCUGCAACCAUCGACUUGGAGUGGGUUCAGGUGCACCCGACUGGUCUCGUGAAGCCGGAUGACCCCGAUGCCAAAGUCAAGUUCCUGGCGGCAGAGGCCCUGCGUGGUGUGGGCGGCAUCGUUUUGGAUGCGAAUGGCGACCGCUUUUGCAACGAGUUGGGCCGCCGCGACUACGUGACGGGCGAGAUGUGGAAGAACAAGCCGCCCUUCCGCCUCUGCCUGAACCGGGCGGCGGCUGACGAGAUCAUCUGGCAUGCGAAGCACUACACCGGCCGUGGCGUCAUGAAGUUCUACGCGACAGGUGAGGACCUGGCCAAGGACAUGGGCGUCCCCUUGCAGAAGCUCGUCGAUGCACACCAGAAGCACUUCGAAGCUGCCAAGAAGCAGGAGAAGGACCCCGAGAACGGCCCAUUCCCGGCCUACCCAUCCGGCAAGACUUGGGACGAGCCCAGCGGCAAGACCGGCAGCGGAAAGAAGUUCUUCCACAACAUCAUCGACGGCUCCAAGGUGCCGACCGAGCCAUUCUACGUGGCCAUCAUCACCCCGGUGAUCCACUACUGCAUGGGGGGCUUGGAGUGCACCGUCGACGCCGAGUGCAUCGACAAGAAGACCGGCAAGCCCAUCCCUGGCCUCUACGUGGCAGGGGAGGCAGCAGGCGGCAUCCACGGCAACAACCGCCUGGGAGGGAACUCUCUCUUAGACUGCGUGGUCUUCGGCCGCGUGGCCGGCAAGGCUGCCUGCAAGUUCACCUUCGGUGCCGGCGAGAAGUUCAAGCCCUGCCCGGUCCCCAAAGAGCUCAAGGAGCUCUCUAAGUGA